GUGUGGGGGGACACGGGGGACGGCUCCACCUGUCGCUGCUGCCCAGCAGGCUGGAGACACAGAAUGGCCCCUCCCCUUGGCCCUCCAUCCCCCAUGCCAUAGUUCUCAUCCAUUGUCACCGUACUGUCUCAGCGCUGCUAUAUUUAAGGAGUGCAGGCUCCGAGAUCGCAUUCUUCUCCCGGUGCCCACUGAGCCAAGAACAAGAAUAGAACAAGGACCCUCUCAACCUCUGGAAUCUUCUCCCCAGAGACCCUUAAGUGGGCACGCUGCUUCUGUUGUUGUUCUCGGAGCCAUGACUCUGCCGCACAGCUUGGGAAGUGCGGGGGACCCCCGCCCCGCUCAGACGGUGGAGGUCCACAGGCUGGAGCACCGGCAGGAGGAGGAGCGGAAGGAGGAGCGGCAGCACAGCCUGCGCAUGGGCUCCUCGGUGCGCAGGAGGACCUUCCGCAGCAGCGAGGAAGAGCACGAGUUCAGCACGGCGGACUACGCCCUGGCAGCAGCCCUGGCUCUCACGGCCUCCUCCGAGCUGUCUUGGGAAGCCCAGCUGAGACGCCAGACCUCUGCGGUGGAGCUGGAGGAGCGAGGGCAGAAGCGGGUGGGCUUCGGCAAUGACUGGGAGAGGACGGAGGUGGCCUUCCUGCGGACCCACCGGCUGCUGCGCCAGAGGCGGGACUGGAAGAUGCUGAGGCGGCGGACAGAGGAGAAGGUCCAGGAGGCCAGGGAGCUGAGGGAGCUGUGCUCCGGCCGCGGGCCCUGGUUCUGGAUCCCUCUUCGCUCCCACGCCGUCUGGGAGCACACUACAGUCCUGCUGACCUGCACCAUCCAGGCCUCGCCACCACCCCAGGUCACCUGGUACAAAAAUGACACACGGAUUGAUCCCCGCCUCUUUCCUGCCGGAAAGUACCGAAUCACCAACAACUACGGGUUGCUGUCCCUGGAGAUCAGAAGAUGCACCAUUGAGGACUCAGCCACUUACACCGUGCGAGUGAAGAAUGCCUAUGGCCAGGCCUCCUCCUUCGCCAAAGUCCUCGUCCGCACUUACCUGGGGAAGGAUGCUGGCUUCGAUUCAGAGAUCUUCAAAAGAUCAAUGUUUGGCCCCAACGUGGAAUUCACAUCGGUGCUGAAGCCAGUCUUUGCUCGUGAGAAGGAACCCUUCUCCCUGUCAUGCUUGUUUUCAGAAGAUGUGUUAGAUGCUGAGAGCAUCCAGUGGUUCCGAGACGGGAGGCUACUGAGGUCCUCGAGACGUCGGAAGAUCCUCUACACAGACCGCCAGGCGUCCCUGAAGGUGUCCUGCACCUACAAAGAGGAUGAGGGGCUCUACAUGGUCCGAGUACCCUCGCCCUUCGGACCCCGGGAACAGAGCACCUACGUGCUCGUGAGAGAUGCCGAGGCUGAGAACCCCGGGGCCCCAGGCUCCCCACUGAACGUCCGAUGCCUGGAUGUGAACAGAGACUGCCUCAUCCUGACUUGGGCCCCGCCCAGCGACACCCGGGGCCACCCCAUCACUGCCUACUCCAUCGAGCAGUGCCAGGGUGACUCUGGGGAAUGGGUCCCCUGCCACGAGGCCCCCGGAGGGACUUGUCGGUGCCCAAUCCAAGGCCUCGUCGAAGGUCAGAGGUAUCGGUUCCGGGUGAGAGCCAUCAGCAGGGCGGGCAGCAGCCUCCCCUCCAAAGCCUCAGAAGUGGUUGUCAUGGGCGACCAUGAUGCAGCCCGGAGGCAGACAGAGGUCCCGUUUGACCUGGGAAACAAGAUCACCAUCAGCACAGAUGAUUUUGAAGAAACUGUAACCAUCCCCUCACCACCGACCAAUGUCCAUGCCAGCGAGAUCCGAGAGGGCUACGUGGUUCUGGCCUGGGAGGAGCCGAGACCCCGGGGCAGAGCUCCGCUGACAUACUCCCUGGAGAAGUCAGUCAUAGGUAGCGGCACCUGGGAGGCCAUCACCUCAGAAAGCCCUGUGAAAUCCCCGAGAUUCGCCCUUCUGGACCUGGAGAAAGGGAAGUCGUAUGUCUUCAGAGUGCGAGCAAUGAACCGGUACGGCCUGAGUGACCCCUCAGAGACCAGCGAGCCCAUCGCCUUGCGGGGCAAGCCAGCUACCCUUCCUCCUCCAGCUCAAGUUCAAGCUUUCCGAGACACACAGACCUCUGUCUCCCUGACAUGGGAUCCCGUGAAAGACCCAGAGCUCCUGGGUUAUUACAUCUACUCCCGGGAGGUGGGGUCAUCUGAGUGGCAAACAGUUAACAACAAACCCAUCCAAGACACCAGGUUUACAGUUCCUGGUCUGCGGACGGGCAAGGAGUAUGAGUUUUGUGUCAGGUCAGUCAGCGAGGCUGGGGUAGGUGAGAGCUCAGCCGCCACCGAGCCCAUCAGGGUCAAGCAGGCUCUGGCUACCCCGUCUGCCCCAUAUGGCUUUGUCCUCCUGAACUGCGGGAAGAAUGAAAUGGUCAUUGGGUGGAAACCCCCCAAGCGUCGUGGAGGUGGCAAGAUCCUGGGCUACUUCCUGGACCAGCACGACUCGGAGGAGCUGGACUGGCACGCGGUCAAUCAGCAGCCUAUCCCCACCCGGGUCUGCAAGGUCAGUGACCUUCAUGAAGGCCACUUCUAUGAGUUCCGUGCCCGGGCUGCCAACUGGGCAGGUGUUGGUGAGCUGUCAGCACCCAGCAGCCUGUUUGAGUGCAAAGAGUGGACGAUGCCCCAGCCAGGCCCCCCGUAUGAUGUCCGGGCUUCUGAGGUGCGGGCCACAUCCCUGUUGCUGCAGUGGGAACCCCCACUGUACACAGGGGCUGGGCCUGUCACAGGUUACCACAUCAGUGUCCAGGAGGAAGGCUCUGAGCAGUGGAAGCCGGUCACCCCAGGCCCCAUCUCUGGUACCCACCUGAGGGUUUCUGACUUGCAGCCAGGAAAGAGUUAUGUGUUCCAGGUACAGGCCAUGAAUUCAGCUGGUCUGGGGCAACCGUCCAUGCCCACUGAUCCCGUGCUCCUGGAGGACAAGCCAGAUGCCCAUGAGAUCGAGGUUGGUGUGGAUGAAGAGGGCUUUAUCUAUUUGGCUUUCGAAGCCCCUGAAGCCCCAGAUUCCUCAGAGUUUCAAUGGUCCAAAGACUACAAGGGCCCACUGGACCCCCAGAGGGUCAAGAUCGAGGAUGAAGUUAACAAGUGGCAAAGGCCCACAGAGCUCAUGAUGGCCCCUAAGAAGCCAAGGGACCCCAUGUUGGGGGAAGAGCUGGAGAGGCUAAAGAAGCUGAGUCAUGAGAUCAGAAACCCAGUGAUCAAACUGAUCUCGGGCUGGAACAUUGACCUCCUGGAACGAGGGGAGGUGCGGCUUUGGCUGGAAGUAGAAAAGUUAUCUCCCGCCGCUGAGCUACAUCUAAUCUUCAACAAGAAGGAGAUCUUCAGCUCUCCGAACCGCAAAAUCAAUUUUGAGCGAGAGAAGGGCCUGGUGGAAGUGAUCAUCCAGAACUUGUCUGAGGAGGACAAAGGGUCGUACACCGCUCAACUCCAAGAUGGAAAAGCCAAAAACCAGAUUACUUUGACACUGGUGGACGACGAUUUUGACAAACUUCUGAGGAAGGCAGAUGCUAAGAGAAGGGAUUGGAAGAGAAAACAGGGUCCCUAUUUUGAGCAGCCAUUGCAAUGGAAGAUCACGGAGGACUGCCAAGUGCAGCUGACAUGCAAGGUGACCAACACCAAGAAGGAGACUCGCUUUCAGUGGUUCUUCCAGAGGGCAGAGGUGCCAGAUGGUCAGUAUGACCCAGAGACGGGAACAGGACUUCUCUGCAUCGAAGAGUUGUCCAAAAAGGACAAGGGGAUUUACAGAGCGAUGGUUUCUGACGAUCGAGGGGAGGACGACACCAUAUUGGAUCUCACGGGUGACGCCCUGGAUGCCAUCUUCACCGAGCUGGGCAGAAUUGGUGCCCUCUCUGCAACGCCACUGAAAAUCCAGGGGACUGAGGAAGGGAUCCGGAUCUUCAGCAAGGUCAAGUACUACAACAUGGAGUACAUGAAAACCACCUGGUUCCACAAAGACAAACGCCUGGAGAGUGGUGAUCGCAUGAGGGUGGGCACCACCCUGGAUGAGAUCUGGCUUCACAUCCUGGACCCCAAAGACUCAGACAAGGGUAAAUACACUCUGGAAAUAGCUGCAGGGAAGGAAGCCCGGCAGCUCUCGACGGAUCUCUCAGGGCAAGCUUUUGAUGAUGCUAUGGCCGAACACCAGAGACUGAAAGCCUUGGCCAUCAUCGAGAAGAAUCGUGCCAAAGUGGUGAGGGGUCUGCCGGAUGUGGCCACAAUCAUGGAAGAUAAGACCCUGUGCUUGACUUGCGUCAUCUCAGGAGACCCCACCCCUGAAAUCUCUUGGCUGAAGAAUGACCAGCCUGUCACCUUCCUUGACCGAUACCGCAUGGAAGUGAGGGGCACGGAGGUCACCAUCACCAUUGAGAAGGUCAACAGUGAUGACAGCGGCCGAUAUGGUGUCUUCGUCAAGAACAAGUAUGGCUCCGAGACGGGCCAGGUCACCAUCAGUGUGUUCAAGCACGGAGAUGAGCCCAAGGAGCUGAAGAGCAUGUGAAGUGUGUGUCUGGGCACAGUCUCAGUCUAGUCUGCAUGGACCAGUAGGGACAACCAGUGGCACAGGCUGCAGGGGUGGGGCAGAAGGAAAGGGAACAAGAUAGAACCCAGGAUGUGAGGGUGGGGGUGGAGUGGAUGCACCAAAGUAGUGAAGCAAAAAUCCUUCUGGGGUCCUGAGAGGCCUCCAGGAGAGCGGGAUGAACCCUGGGCCCGGAAUAGAAGACCUGGCUGCACUAGCGCUACCUACCGGCAUUGGCAUCUAAUAAGUAGGGAUCAGGGCCGGGCGUGGUGGCGCACGCCUGUAAUCCCAGCACUUUGGGAGGCCAAGGCAGUGGAUAUCACGAGGUCAGG